AUGAACAAUUCCCUGGAUUACCUGGCCUACCCUGUCAUUGUCUCUAAUCACAGGCAGAGCACGACCUUCAGGAAGAAACUGGACUUUGGCCACUACGUAUUGCACAAGAAUAGAGUACAAAUAGUGAAGCCUACUGUCGAUACCAAACCUCCAAUGGCGCACACACAUCACAUUUUAAAGUUGAACAAACUCCAGGGUGAACAAAAGAGAAUUGACAAAAUCGAAUAUGAAAAUAAACAACUAUGCCAGAAAAUCGCCAACGCCCAUCGCGGCCCUGCCAAAGUGGACUGUUGGAACGAGUACCUUUCGAAAAGCUUAAACAGAGAAGCAAGGAACCGUGAGCUAGUAAGAAUCACCAUGGAAAACCAGGGCAUUCUAAAGAGGUUGGGUGACCGCAAACCCCACUAUGACCGCAAGAUAUCGGAGAUUGACUGGCAGAAUUCAAGGCGCUAUAUCAGAAACACAACAAGAUAUCUUCUCUCUGAAGAAUAG